AUGCAGAAUCAGCAACAGCAGAUGCAGCAGAUGCAUCAAACCAUCCAAAAUCAACAACAAGCUGCUCAGGAACAAGCAGCCGAGAACGCCGCACGAGAGGAGCGUGGUGCUUUUAUUGGGGAGCGAAACCUUCCGCGGAACUUCGCUAUAAACCGCUCUCCCAUCAACCCUCCACCCUUUACUCGACAAGAUUAUGAGAUCAAACCUGCACUGAUAGGUCUGGUACAGAAGAGCACGUUCAGCGGCCUCAUUUCAGACAUACCAAUGGAACACAUAGAGGCCUUUGAGAGGAUUUGCAAUUUUUCUCGCUCUAAUGGAGUGCCACCGGAUUAUGUCAAAUGCACGCUGUUCCCAUUCUCUCUCGAAGGGAAAGCUUCUCGUUGGCUGCAAUCUCUCCCAACAGGUUCUCUAACCUCAUGGGACCAGGUUCGAUCAACAUUCCUGAGUCACUUCUACACCAAGUCCAAAACUGCGGCUCUGAGGCAUAGAAUCUCCAACUUCAAGCAGAAAUCUGAUGAAACUUUUCAUGAAGCUUGGGAAAGUAACGGAGACUUCAUGACUCAAACCACACCUGGUGCGUUCGCGCUGAUUGAGAACAUGGCUUCGAGUUCACUCAAUAAGAACAAGGAGCAUGAUCGCUCCAAAAGUGUGAACAGUAUAGAUGACCUAGCGGCAAAGAGCGCAGGCGACAAGGCGUUUGAAGCUGAACAAGCAGGAGACGAUCAGCAGGAAGUGAGCUACGUAAAUGGGCAAGGGUGGCAGCUGAAGAACUACCACCCAAACCCUAACGUAAGGAACAAUCCAGAGCUUUUAUGGCCUAAGCAGGACAAACCAGUUGAUCCGGCGCAGAGCAACCAAGGUCAGUAUGCGGGGUAUCAGAAGAACUAUCAACCCCGAAACUAUGUUCUAAGCCAACAACAGAACAAUCAACCUCAGAUGCAGAACCACCAGAAUAAUCAGGUCGCUACUUCCACCCCUGUCGCUGUUCCGCAAGAUGAAACUAAAACCAUGUUGCAGCAACUCCUCCAAGGACAACAGCUCCAAGGGAAAGCUCUGAACCAGGUCACUACCAAGAACAAUACCAGAAUGAACCAUAUGUUCGGAGAUUUGAGCACCAAGUACGAUAAUGUCGCAAGCCAUAUGAGACAGAUGGACAUUCAGAUAGCUCAGACUGCUGAGAGUGUCAAGAGGCAGCAAGGAGGGGGGAAGCAACUCUCCGAGCCAGAAAGGAGGAGGUUCACCGCAGCUGAGAAAGGGAAGCAGAAAGAGUCGGAAAAACUGCCAGCCGAUCAGGCAGAUGAGAGGAAUACAGAACCAGCACUUGAAACAAGUUCGCCAGGGCCAGAACAACCAGCUGAAGCGGUGCGCCCGAUCCCCGAGGCUGUUCCUCCUCGCGAAUACAUUCCUAAGGUCCCUUACCCUGUUCCAGCAAGUGCCACUCGUAAGGACAAAGAGGAAAUGAAGUGCAUGAAGAUGCUGGAGGAACUAACCGUCCGAAUCCCCUUGAUGGAUGCAAUCCAGAUGAUGCCCUCCAUGCGCAGCUUUAUGAAGGGAUUGAUCUCAGGAAAAAUAUCAGAGGAGAGCGAGUUCAUGACGGUUUACAAGGAGUGCAUCGCAGUGCUUCAGAACAGGCAGAUGAAGAAGCGAGGAGACCCCAGCAAAUUUGUCCUCUCUAUCUAG